GGCUGGCUCCGCCUGCCCUGGGCUGGGCUGGCUGCGGGACGGGCACCGGGGCCAGAGCGGCUGCGGGACGCGGGACAUGCGGGGCUGAGCCCCGGAGGCGGCGCGGAGCAGCGAGGGAUGGAGCUGGGAGGUGUGACUGACUUCAAAGCCCUCCGAGCAAAAUUUCAGCAUGACUCCAACUUGGCCAACAAGCUGGCACAGAAACCUCCCACGGAGAUCAGCCCCAAGCCUGGCUCUGCAGGGAACACCAGGUCCAGCCCUCUGCCCCUGACUAAGAGAGAGGUGAAAGUGUCAGAACCUGCCCAUCCCAGCUCCCAACCCCCUGUGCUCCCCUUGACCCAGUCUCAGGGUUGCAGGGAGCAGACGGGGAACAAGGGCAGCGCCUCGGAGCAAGGGCUGAGCUCUCCCAAGAGCAGCCCAGAAAAGUCUCUGCUGUCCCUUGGCACUGACCAGCAAGGACCAAGCCAAACAACUCCAGAGGACCCUCCACUCCAGGAUUCUUUCCAGCGUGUCCUACAGAUCUGGGAAGAGACUUUAUCCCUCAAGGAGAAAACAAGUCCAAGAGUCCCAGCCCAGCGGGCGGUGAACCCGGCUCCUGCUGCAUCAGGCAGGGACAGGAUCCCAGGCUCUGGAAGCUCCCCUGUGCUGGACUGGCAUGCCCAGAGGAAGGAUGCUCUGCAUGGCAGAGGGAUAGCUCUUCCCCAGGCUCCCACAGAGCACAGGAGCUGUGAUGGAGCAGGUGCUGAGGGGGUGGUGGCAUCUGAGCUCUGCCAGUCGGGUUAUCCUGCACCAAGAGAGCCGCCUCAGCAGCAGACAGAAUUGGAACCUCCCUUCUGCCAGCCUGGAGCAGGAAAAUGGUCUUACAGCCCUGGGAGCAAGUGGCCAAGGAUGAAACCUCUCCCUUCAGCUGAAUCCCUGGGUCCUGCCCCUGGGAAGCCUCCGAGACCCCCAAAGGUUGAUCUCAGUGCUUUCCAAAGCACCAUGCCUUUGGUCCACAGAGGAAAUGAAACAACUGCUGGAGAAGAGGAUUACCUGACCCCGGAAAGUGCUCAACUUGAAGAGCAGAAUAAUUAUGAAGAAACCCCAAUGUACUUGAAUCAGUCUGGGGACACCACAACCUUGUGUGUCAUUGAAGUACCCAAGGCAGAGCCUCAAAAACACAAGAAACAGAAGACUUCUCCCUUUGCCAAAUCCAGUCCAGAAGGAGCUCUAAUAAAGGAUGAAAAAGAGGGAAAACCAAGCCAUGAAAGAACGAAACUGGAAGAGAACAAAACUUUCAAGGCAGGUGGAAAUGAGUACAUGUGUCCCACCAGCCGUGCCAAGGCAGAUGGCAGAGGUGGGCUGGAGGUUCUGCAAGGGCAGCAGGAUGUGACCAGACCCCAAACUGCAACGUACCCAACCCCACCAGGGCUGGCAAAAGACAGAGCAGAGCACUGGCACGGUGUGGGUGUUGGUGCUCCAAGGCCAGAAGGAACAGCCUUGGACCCAACCCCUUGGCAGUGUCUGCAGGCAGCAGAGGACAUCUACGAUGACAUUGAGGAGCUGCAGGACAGACUCAGCCACGGCUCAGACGCCUCAAGUUCCUUCACUUCAGACAGCAUUUCAGGAAACAGCAAUGAGGAAACAUAUGAAGAUGUUGAGAUUGGGGGUGAUAACCCAGCAAAACCAGAAAGAGAAAAACAGAAGAGAUUUGGAAACCUGUUUAAGAUAGAAAAGUUGAGGCUGAACAAUUUCAGGCUCAAGGACAACCUAAGACUGGUUUCCAUUUCAGUACCAAAUUUAGCAGCUGUCUCCCAGGAGGAAAACGUGUAUGAUGAUGUCGAGGUGGGGCAGAGAGAGACCAGGGGGAAGGAGGAGAGGCACAGAGUCCGGAUGCCAAGACUGCGGGCGGUGAAGGAGUACAAGGACAAAAGGAAAAGCAUCGACGGCGUGGAAAGAAAUAUCUUCAAAUUCAAGAAGGGCAGUGAAGAGAAGAGCAAGGAGAUGGACAAAGAAGAGAAGCUCUUCAGAGAGACGUUCAUGUACCACCGGGAGAUCCGCGUGCUGGCCACGGCCACGGCCCAGCGCUCGGUGCCCAGCCAGCGCCGCGCCGACCUCCCGCUGACGGCCGGGGAGCAGCUGGAGGUCAUCGAGGCCGCACAGGGCCACGCCGUCAUCUGCCGCAACGCCCAGGGCCGAUAUGGGUAUGUUCUGGUGGAGCACUUGAACUUCAGACAGUACUAACUGCCCUGAGAGCUGCUCUCCCCUGGAGCAUCCCUGAAGAUCUCUUUUGUGCUCCCUGCAUCCGUGACAGCCCUUGUUGGUCAGCUGUGGGGUGAUGAUGGGAAUGUAAAUAAAGCUGGGGUUUUUUUACUCUG